CAGCGGACCCCGGAAGUAACCGUGCGGAAAGCCAGUUGUUUCUUUGGUGGAGAGUUGGAUGCAACGAUCAACGUCAUAAAAUCAGCGAUUUCCUUUUGCGGACUUUAGACUUGCCUCGGUCCGGCCGCCCGACUCCGAUGAUGACAACGCUCUAGAAAUAACUGAUGGAGGGGACUGACCUGGAAUAGAAAUAAUCGGGCCCAACCCGACCGAUUUCGUAAAGAAAUUUAGAAGCAUAUUUGUGGUAGAUAUGGAUCUGCACGCUGCAUCUUGAAUAAUCGGUCCCACUCCUCAGCGCAGCGCACGAGUAUACUGGCACAAUGACAAUAACCAAAGCAGUCCGGGUCGUCGAGGCCGGGCCCCGCGACGGCCUGCAGAAUAUCAAAGAGCCUGUUCCAACAUCCGUGAAGCUCGAGUUAAUCCAGCGACUACGCGCGACAGGACUGCGAACUAUCGAGUUGACGUCCGUGGUCUCGCCAAGGGCGAUCCCACAGUUGGCGGACUGUCGCGAUGUACUAGGGAAUGAGUCCAUCAGACAACUGCAAGGACAACCGGGCCUUCGGCUGCCUGUCCUUGUGCCAAACGUCAAAGGACUGGAUAUUGCGAUCGAGCACGGCGCCAAGGAGGUUGCGGUGUUCAUCAGUGCGACGGAGGGGUUUAGUAAAGCCAAUAUCAACUGCACGGUGCAGCAGGGAAUAGAGCGAGCAAAGGCCGUAGCGGGGAAAGCGAUUGAGUGUGGGAUUACUGUCCGAGGGUAUGUCUCCUGUAUCUUUUCAGACCCAUUCGAUGGACCUACCGAGCCAUCGGCCGUGCUGCACUGCGUUCAGGAACUGCUAGAUAUGGGCUGCUAUGAAGUCAGCCUAGGCGACACACUCGGUGUCGGCAGCCCCGACAAAGUCCGCAGCCUGCUGCACUACCUAGCCGACCACCACAUCCCGCUCGACAAAAUGGCGGGCCACUUCCACGAUACCUACGGCCAGGCGGUCGCCAAUGUAUGGGAAGCGUACAACUGCGGCGUGCGCGUGUUCGACAGCAGCGUGGGUGGGGCCAAAGGGAACGUCGCCACGGAGGAUCUGGUGUACAUGUUCGAAACGGCGGGUAUCGACACGGGGGUUGACCUGCUGAAGCUCGUCGAGACGGGAGUGUGGAUAUCUAGACUGUUGUCCAAGACUAAUGCCAGUCGUGCUGGGACCGCGCUGGCUUCGAAGCAUGGCCUUGUUCCUUCCAAACGGUGGUCGUCGUCGUCCCGAGCAGCCACCAAGAAACAGAUAUCCUGGACUGUGGCCAAAGACACAGGCGGUUUGUUAGCCUACCGCUCUGGCGUGAACGUCAAGCGUAUCAUCAACCGACCAAAGAAGAGCAACCUUACCUCCUCCGGCUCGUCGAGGACCUCACAGCCGACCCCUCCGUCUUCCGACUCAUCAUCACAGGAACAGGAAGAUCCUUCUCCACAGGCAUGGAUCUCAACAAGAAGUGUACACCUGUAG